CUUUUUUGCAGCCACUUUCCGACUGACUGAGGAUUCAGUGUCGACACCGAUGUGAAGCUCCACCAGACAAGGAUAAAGAUUGGAGUCAUCAUUUGUACACUGGAUAGCUUUUGUUGGAAGAGGAAAGUCUUUCAGCAUUGUCUGGAGAGCAUCAGGCAUCUAUUUUUAUCAUGAACGUUGUGCCCGCCGUCUCCAGUUGAAGCAGGAUCAUCACCACAUAUUCACACAGUAACAAAGUUAGCAAGAACAUAUACAGAUACUUGAAGUCAUACUUCAGUUUUGCUGUUGGCUCCAUUCUUCUAUUUAGCAGAAGAUGUACGGUAGUGCCCGCUCUGUUGGCAGAGGAGAUGCCAACCAUAGUGGCGGUAGAGAUGGAGGUGGUUCCGGCAAUCAGGGAUCUGGCCGUUCCCCUCGCCUCCCCCGCUCUCCUCGAAUGGGACACCGUCGCACCAACAGCACCGGAGGCAGUGGAGGGGGGCCUGGAGGAGCAGGUGGCAAAACACUUUCCAUGGAGAACAUCCAGUCCCUCAACGCGGCCUAUGCCACCUCAGGACCAAUGUACCUGAGCGACAACGAGGUUGCCAUGGCAGACCACAUUCCCAAAAGUGAUCGGACAAUGACGACCAUGGGGAGACAGAGGGUGACAUACGGGUCAAGGAGCACCAGCAGUAGUGUCGUGGCCGCUAGCACCCCCAACAUCUCCACCUCAGUGUCUGGCAAUGCGGUGCUGCCAGCAGGCAUGAUGGCAGGUGAUGCUCUAGCUUUUGGGGACCACCACAUGGCUUCCACUGUACCCCAUUCUCUGAGGCAGGCCAGAGAUAACACCAUACUGGACCUGCAAGCCCAACUGAAAGAGAUUCUGCGUGAGAACGAGAUGCUCCGGCGAGAGGUGGAAGUUAAGGAGAGCAAGCUCAGCUCCUCCAUGAAUUCUAUCAAGACCUUCUGGAGCCCAGAAUUAAAAAAGGAGCGAGCUCUCAGGAAAGAUGAGGUUUCCAAGAUCACCGUCUGGAAGGAGCAAUACCGUGUGAUUCAAGAUGAAGCACAGCAUCUCCAGAUGACUGUUCAGGCUCUCCAGGAUGAGCUGAGGAUCCAGAGGGACCUCAACCAGCUGCUUCAGCAAGACCCCUCCAUCCAAGGCAGGGACCUGGCCCUCACGUCUGAACCCACGGAGGAGAACUACCGGCGACUACACGCGGAACACGAGAGGCAGGCCAAAGAGCUCUUCCUCCUUAGAAAGACCCUCGAGGAGAUGGAGCUAAGGAUCGAUACACAGAAGCAAACCCUGGGAGCCAGAGACGAGUCCAUCAAGAAACUUCUGGAGAUGCUGCAGAGCAAAGGGCAAUCUGCCAAGGCAUCAGAGGAGGACCAGGAGCGGACCAGGAGGCUGGCUGAUGCAGAGAUGCACAGGCAUCACCUUGAGAGUUUACUGGACCAGAGAGACCGAGAGAUUAAUGCACUAAGAGAGGAGCUGCACCGUCGAUACGAGGGAACCCCUGAGUCCACAAAAACUAAGGCUCUACAGACUGUUAUCGACAUGAAGGAUGCAAAAAUUAAUUCAAUGGAGCGGGGCCUGAGAGACAUGGAGGAGGAGCUGCUAAUGCUGAAAUCCAAUGGACUUCUGAGCUGUGAGGAGCGCCAGGAGGAGAUGAAGCAGAUGGAGGUCUACCGCAGCCACAUGAAAUUCAUGAAGAACAAGAUGGAGCAGGUGAAGCAGGACCUCUCCAGGAAGGAAACCGAGAUGCUUGGUUUGCAGACCAAACUGGAGACGCUUACCAACCAGUUCUCAGACAGCAAGCAACACAUUGAAGUCCUCAAGGAAUCCCUCACUGCCAAGGAGCAGCGAGCUGCCAUCUUACAGACGGAGGUGGAUGCCUUGCGCCUGCGCUUGGAAGAGAAGGAGGCGACUCUGAAUAAGAAGAGCAAGCAGAUACAGGAAAUGUCAGAAGAGAAGGGCACACUCAACGGGGAGAUCCACGACCUCAAGGACAUGCUGGAUGUCAAGGAGCGCAAAGUUAAUGUGCUACAGAAGAAGAUUGAGAACCUGCAGGAGCAGCUGAGGGACAAAGAGAAGCAGAUGAGCAGUCUGAAGGAGAGAGUUAAGUCUUUACAGGCAGACACCUCCAACACUGACACUGCUCUCACCACACUGGAGGAGUCUCUUGCAGAAAAGGAGCGCAUCAUUGAGCGUCUAAAAGACCAGCGAGACAGAGACGACCGGGAGAAGACGGAGGAGAUCGACAGUAACAAGAAGGAGCUGAAAGAGUUGAAGGAGAGACUGAGCCUACUGCAGGGAGACCUGUCAGACAGAGAGACGUCUUUGUUGGACCUGAAGGAGCAUGCGUCAUCUCUGGCCUCCUCUGGUCUGAAGAAGGACUCCAAACUCAAGAGUAUGGAGAUCGCCUUUGAGCAGAAGAGGGAGGAGUGCCUCAAAGUGGAGAAUCAGCUUAAAAGGGCUCAAAACGCAACCCUGGAAGCUCAGGCCAACACUGAGCUGGCCGAGCGCAUUAAGAACCUGGAACAGGAUGUGGCUCGCCACAAAGAGGAUUCUGGGAAGGCCCAGGCUGAGGUGGACCGCCUGUUGGAGAUCCUUCGAGAAAUGGAGAAUGAGAAAAAUGACAAGGACAAAAAGAUCAAUGAGCUGGAGAGGCAAAUGAAGGACCAGUCGAAGAAGGUGGCGUCUCUGAAGCACAAGGAGCAGGUGGAGAAGAGCAGGAAUGCUCGACUUGUGGAUGAGGCCAGGAAGAGAGAGGACAACAUGUCUGAGAGCUCCCAGCAGGUGAAGGACACUCUGCGUCAGAAGUCGGAGCGCAUCGAGGAGCUGGAGGAGGCCCUGAGAGAGAGCGUUCAGAUCACUGCAGAGCGAGAGAUGGUGCUGGCACAGGAGGAGGCUGCCAGGUCACUCCAGGAGAAACAGAUGGAGGAGCUGCUGGGUGCCAUGGAGAAAGUGAAGCAAGAGCUGGAGUCCAUGAGGGCCAAGCUUGCCUCCACCCAGCAGUCUCUGGGUGAGAAAGAGGCACACCUCUCAACGCUGCGAGCUGAGCGCAGGAAACACCUGGAGGAGGUGCUGGAGAUGAAGCAGGAGGCGCUGCUGGCUGCAAUCAGCGAGAAGGACGCUAACAUUGCCCUUCUGGAGUUGUCCUCCUCUAAGAAGAAGAAGACCCAGGAUGAGGUGGCUCUGCUGAAAAGGGAGAAGGACAGAUUGGUGCAGCAGCUCAAACAGCAGACUCAGAACAGAAUGAAACUGAUGGCAGACAACUAUGAGGAUGACCAUCUGAAGACUGUUCCUGACCAGACAAAUCACAAACCCUCUCCAGAUCAGAUGAUUCCCCCUCUUCUAGCCCUGUCCCAGAACCGCAGUAAACUCAAGCUCUACAUCGCCCACCUGACAGACCUCUGCCAUGACCGUGACCCCAGCAUCCUCAGCCAGCUCACGCCGCCCUCUCACUACCACCACAGCGACCCCGAAGACUGGGAGGAGGAGCUCCAGAAGAUGAGUGUCGAACAGUUGGAGCGAGAGCUGGAGAUGUGUGAGAAGGAGAGCGGGGAGCUGCAGGAGUACGCCAACUCUGUUCUCCAGCAGAUCGCAGACUACUGCCCCGAUAUCCUGGAGCAGGUUGUCAAUGCCCUGGAGGAGUCGUGCUGACCACUCUGACCUCAGACACAACCCAGCCGACCCCUUGGUUUUAUAUAAUCUGUAGCCGGGGUCCCCUACCUCCACUCAAUGAGGCUCCUGGCAGGAUGAGAGAAAACUUGGGCAUUGUCUCACCCAUCUGAGCUUUUCUUCUUUCCUUACCCUCUUUCACCCUGGAACAAACUUUCACGACUACUUAGUGCUUUCCUGUCUCAAGUGUCUCCCUAUAAAAUCGACUUAGGGAUGUUCACAAAGUCUGUCGAAAUGUUGUCAAAUAUGGCACUUUGAGCAAAUAUCAGAUUACAAACUGCAGUCUCUUUAUUUUAAUGAGCGCUGUGGCAGAUGGUGGGGUCGCAGUGGGCAGAGAAGAACUAAAGUAUACACCUAAUCACAUUAUCAGGCAUGCAACAGCAUACUUGAGGCUCGUGAAAAGUUAACAGCUCACUCGUUAGCAUUUGUGAACUCACCAAAAUUAGAUUUUUGCUUGUAGUUUACUUAGAAAAUAUUACACACCUGUAAGUCUGGGACAGGUGCGUUGGGAGACGGAGGAUACGAGACGAGAAGAAGCAAACUUCCGCACUAAGUCUUGGAGUACACUGCCAACCUUCCUUUCCCUAGACGUCUUAAUUCACAGCAGGAACCGCUAGAUCAAGCACAGUUACCUCACCCCUGAUUCCGCUUGCAUAUCUUUCAAGUAAAAAGGGGUACAUUUAUUCCUCACAUGGGGCAGGAAAGCACUUUUUGUCUUCGAGAACUAGGGAGCUGCUACAUCUAGAGGGAAGCAGAGAGGAGCUCAAUUCAGUGGGUAAAUAAUGGAGUUAUGUCGAUGCUUAUUGUGUAUUGUAGUCGGUGUUCCCUAACUAGUAGGUUGGACUCGCUAGUUAGAAAUACAGCUACCGGUGGCCGAACAUCUGAAGACUUAGGAAAUGCCACAUUUUAACCAAAUAUAAAUGCAGCAUGCUCUCCAAAUGUUUCUACUCCUAGAUCUGUGGAUCUGUAAUUGUUGCGAGGAUUAACAUGUAGGUACGUUUGACUGUCUAGUCUGUGGCUGGGUCACUGGCAUGAGAGGGGGAUUGAGGCCUGACCUUUGACACAGAUCAAAGGUCAGCUUUAAGUUACGCAAUGUUCUCAAAUCACGUGAGAGAGAGAGGAAACUAAAAAAAAUACUUUAAUUCUCAGAGCAACAUUCAGUUUUAGAUGGUUUUGCACACAACGUCCACUUGUUUAUGGGGUAUGCAAUGUUUCUUUUGAGAACGUUCUAGUGGCCUUGGAGCAUGAACAGAGAUCAGUACUGGACCUAAUGCAGGGAUAUUUUUUCCUCUGUUAUAUUGGUGCUAAGGCAUGAUGUAAGAUCCACUGAUCAUUCAGUCUCAUCCAAAGUUUCUGUAGAUGUUACUUAAAGCCCACCUGAUCUUUAGUUUGUCGACUGAAUCACUGAAGAAUACAAGCGAUGCUUCCGUUUCUUGUAUUUUUCAGAUCACUUACAAAUGCAAGUGAUGCCUCCCUUUAUUGUAUUUUUUGAAAUCUUCAGGGCUGAGGUUUUUUAAUUACUAAGUGCAUCUACAUUUACAGGAAACAAGUCACUUUUCAGCAGAUUUUGACUUUUUAGAUCAGUUUGUAAAUAACGUGAUAUUUAACACGUACAGUGACAGAAUAAAGUUAAUUAAGUGGAAGGUAUCGUGCAUUCUUUUAAAAAAAAAAAAUCUGAAAAGUUAAAAGCAGUGCAGUCCAUUUUUGUCUAAUUUUGUCUUCAGGACAAAAUGUGUGUGCGUGUGUGUGUGCGUGUGUGACAGUACUGCCAUAACUCGCGGAAAGUCAUGUUCUAUAGAGAUAUAUAUAUAUAUAUAAAUAAAUAUAUAUAUAUAAAUAUAUUACAUAUAUAAAAAUGUUUACUGUAUGGAUAUGCAUUGAAUGUUUGCACAAAAUCUUAGAGAGCAAGCUGCUCUGAACAAAAUGACCGUCGAGUUAGUGUCUUCAGCAGAAGCUGAGGAAAGAAGUGUCAAAAAAAACCUUUGUGUCAAAAUAAUGUGUGAACUACAAAUGUUUUCAAACCGUGACUGUGUGAUGAGAGAGUACUUUUCUUGCAUUUAUUUCUAAUCAGCAUUUUUUAAAUAUAUUUUCACCAUACGGUGAUGUAAAUGUAUUAUCCUGAGAUUCCAGUGUUGUCUUUUCUUCUGACCUCUUAUGUCAAUGGUUUUUUUUUUUGU